AAUCAGCGUCGGUAGUGAACAAUUUCCCGAGCUUUCGCAUUGAUCUUUUGACAACACCUUUCAAAGCUCAGAGAAAAUGCAAUCCAAUGCAAUAAUAUCAUUUCCUAUAAUAUUUCGAAAUUUUUAUUCGUCUUGCGUAUUAUAAACAAUUCAUUUCUCAAUUGCCGCGUAUUUUUCGAUAAACAAACAAAUAAAUAAAUGAUUAAAUGUAGAAACGUAGUUUUUAGUGCGCAUUGUGUUAUCGAUGUGAUGACGUAAUUCGAUGACGUCAUGCCGAAUUACCCGCCUUAACGAUUUCUAACCGUGUACCAAGUAAAUAAACAAAAGAAAAUCAUAAAUUUCCAAAAAGAAAAAUGUUUCAUGACACAGACAAAAAUUCAAUACGCUUUUUAUUGGAUAGCCGUUUUAUGUAUUUAACGUUGAAGUGAAAAAAGAAAAGCGCAAAAAGUGUCUAAAUAAAAACAAUGGCUGCUGACGAUGGGAUAGAAGACGAAGUAUUUGAAGAUCAGCAUUUAAAUGUGUUAACAAGUGAAAAUCAUAAAAAUUCAACGCCUUCCCCGACGGGGUACAGAGGUUAUAAACCACCCCAGGAAGUGUUGAAUCUUGCUGAAAGUGAUGGUACACUGUCUGAAACAGGACAAGAAGUCCAUAAGACUAUUCUUUUGGGCGAUAGCGGGGUUGGAAAAACAUCCUUAUUGGUAAAAUUUGAUACGGGAAAAUUUCAGCAAGGAAAUUUUGCAGCAACCGUCGGUAUUGGAUUUACGAAUAAAGUUGUUACGGUCGAUGACUGUAAAGUAAAAUUGCAAAUAUGGGACACCGCGGGUCAAGAAAGAUUUAGAAGCAUCACCCAUGCAUAUUACAGGGACGCUCAUGCUCUGCUUUUAUUAUACGAUGUAACAAACAAGACUAGUUUUGAUAAUAUAAGAGCUUGGCUUACGGAAAUACGUGAAUAUGCAAAAGAUGAUGUUGUCAUUAUGCUAAUUGGAAAUAAAUGCGAUUGUAAUUCUGAACGAUUAAUUCGCCGGGAAGAUGGAGACCGAUUAGCAAGGGAAUAUAAUGUAGCCUUUAUGGAAACCUCGGCUAAAAUGGGCUUAAAUGUUGACUUAGCUUUCAUGUCAAUAGCAAGAGAACUUAAUUAUAGACAAAAUGGAAAUUAUGAUAACAAUAGGUUCAGAGUUCAGGACUAUGUAAGGGAACAAACGUACGCCCCUUCGUGCACAAACUGCAAUGUUUAAUUAAAAAAAAAAACUUUUUUAUAGUUUCUCGUUUAUUAACAGCUGUUGAUGAUAUAAGAUAUUGUUUUAACUUCGGUUAAAUUUUACGUACUAUCGUUAAUCACACUUAAAAAUGUAUUGAACAUUUAUCUUCUUCCUUUCUUUCUAUGCAUAUCACUUCCAGGUAGUACAAAGAGUCAUGUGGACACCCAAUUUUUGGGUUCAGAAUACCCAAUAUUUUAUGAGCAGUAAAAAAUAUACUAUUUUCGGUCAUUUAAAAUAAUCUAUUUAUUAUUU